CAAACCCAACAUGUAGUAACAAGAACAAUCAAUGCAGGAAGAGCUGUCAGAAUCCAAGGGUUGGUUCAUUGGUAAAUAUCACAGUCUCAUUGCUUUUCUUCAAAAUGACAGUUGCAUUGUCAAAUAAUUGAUUGCAUAGCACACAAUGACAUAAUGAAGUGAUUGUGUGCUAAAAAGCCUUGUGACCUCAUCACUAUGUGGUCACAAAAACCAUAAGUUGUUGUCAACUCUGAUGAAAAGCUUAGUGAUGUCACAAAGGUGUCAAAGCACUUGCAGGAGCCCGAGCAGCUGCCAAUACUUUGGCAACAGACAAGUCAACAACAGCCCAACAAUGGAGAUGGAGAAUUACUGCAUCAAGGCGGAGGUCAUCCUCCCGUUGGUGCAGAAAUACUUUGAGCGCAUCCAGCCAGCGCAGUGGAGCAUGCUGGCCACAGGGACCAUUGACUCAGCCACGCAGGUCAUCCUGGCGGACAUGUGCACGGACAUCACGCAGAAACUCUGCGCCGACACCAUCCGAGUCAUCAUCCCAGAGUUUAAGCAGCGCAUUCAGAGUGCCGAGAAGAAAAGAAUGAGGCUCAAAGUGGAAGGCGGAUUGAGCACCGCCUUCGCCUCGGCACUCAGUGUCCCGGAGCAGCGCAGCAAGAGCUCCCAAAAGCUGGACUCCCUCUUCAAGAGGGAGAUCUCGCAGAGAGUCAAUGACACCUUGUCAUCAGCCACCAGCACAGCCAGCCAGCUGGUGCCACUUAUUUACAUCCCGGGCACCUUCACCAAGAUAGAGGUUCUGGCUAAGAUGGUGCAACUAGCCUGUGGUGCACUUAAGGUUUACCUGAGCAAGAUGUACACAAUGUGCUUCCGCCCGUGCUGGCGCCAAAAGAGCAGACAGGAACCUCCCUGUGACUCAAGGGGUGGGAACAUGUGCAUUUUCAACCGUGAAGAAACCACAGAGGCGGUGAUGAACAUCCUACGCAAAUGGACCGACAGCGAGGACAAGGGCGAGAAGGACAACCGCACUAUCGUGAACGUGCGCCCAAGUCUCGGUCCUGGGUCGCAACUGGCACGCCAAAACACGUGGCCAACACCAGGCGGAGGAGAUUGAGGUAGUCAGGAGAUAAGGGGGGUCCGGCCGGAUCAGCAUCUGGGAGCUAAGACGGGCUGAUUUGGGGACAGGCCGACAUUGAUUCAACCAUUGAUUCAGUCAGCCUGGAGUCUUUGACCAGAGCUUUCGGCGAGCAGCAAUCGAGGCAGGCCACCAACGUCUUCACUCGUGGCUAGCCGAGGCCGGGGCUUGGCGGCAUCUCGGCCUACAUGGGCAAGUCCCCGCUCC